AUGGACAUCUCGACGGGUCUUGUCUCUGAGACAACUUCGAGCAGCCCCAGCUCAACGACCUCUUAUUUGACCAAUCUAACCACCCCUGGCGCAAGUCCUCUUUUUCGGCCAGCCCAGGGAGACGACACGAAGCUAGGUCAUGUCCAACUCUCUGACUCUCGCCGAACCGAGUCAAUACGGAAUAUAUGCGUGGUGGGCGCGGGGUAUGUGGGGGGUCCCACGGCCGCUGUGCUCGCCCUCCAUCAUCCAACAAUCACAGUAGAAGUGUUGGACAAGGAUCCAUCGCGGAUUCAAAGAUGGGAAUCCCCUCAUCUUCCCGUCCAUGAGCCAGGGCUAGACACCGUCGUGCGCAUCGUGCGCGAUGGUGCUGAGAUGACGGAAGAACCAAUCCUCUCUCUCUCGUCGGUGCCCACAAAACGUCGCCAGAACUUGUUCUUCACUUGCGAGUCGGCCAAAUCGAUCGCCCGGGCAGACAUUAUAUUAAUGGCUGUCAACACCCCGACCAAGAUGUUCGGCAUCGGGGCCGGGUGUGCCACGAACAUGACAGUUUUCGACGGAGCGAUGCGCGAAGUCGCAGUGCACGCAAAGCCAGGUGCUAUUAUCGUGGAGAAAAGUACCGUACCCGGGGGUACCGCGGAGCGUGUUCGGAAAAUGCUAUCGACUCUGCGACCGGGCGUGCCAUUCGAGGUGCUCUCCAAUCCAGAGUUCCUCGCAGAAGGUUCCGCAGUUAAGAACCUGACUACACCAGACCGUAUUUUGAUCGGUUCAGCCCCUACCCCCUCUGGUCGCCAGGCAGCGCAGACCCUCACCAAUCUUUAUGCUGCCUGGGUGCCUCGCGACCGCAUCCUUGAAACCAACGCAUGGUCGUCCGAGCUGGCCAAGCUCGUCGCGAACGCCAUGCUCGCACAGCGAAUCAGCAGCAUCAAUGCGAUCAGUGCUAUCUGUGAGAAGACGGGAGCGGAUGUCAACGAGAUCUCUGACGCGAUCGGUCGCGAUGUACGAAUCGGACCGCAUUUCCUCAAAGCCGGGCUGGGCUGGGGCGGUUCAUGCUUUCGAAAAGAUAUCGCGAGUAUCUGCUGGAUCUGUGAAUCGCUGGGCCUGAGCGAGGAGGCGCACUAUUGGCGACAGAUCACUGUGAUCAAUGAGCGACAGAGACAGCGAUUCGCGCGGAGGGUGAUUGAUCGAUUUGACGGGAAUCUGGUCGGACGCAAGCUGGCGAUUCUUGGGUUCGCCUUUAAGAAGAACACAGGCGAUACGCGCGAGUCGCUAGCCGUCGACGUGAUUCGUAUACUCCUGGAGGAGCGCCCAGCAGAGAUCACCAUCUUCGACCCGUAUUGUCGCGAGGAAGACAUUCUUCGCGAACUUGAGCCUGCUAUCGCGCAAGUACCACAGGGCGGCCGAUCCAUUGUCAAGAUCCACUCCGAUCCGUAUCUGGCUUGUUCGCAUGCACAUGCCGUGCUGGUGGUGACCGAUUGUGACCAGUUCCGUAUGUCCAAGAGGUCGUCUAUGCGACCGGGCUCGGAUUCGGUGGGGGGCUGCGAUAUCACUGGCACUAGCACUGCUUAUGCCGGGGCUCGCACUUGGACACAUGCGGGCGUCUCGUAUCAACUGACGCCACAGGCUAAAUGUGCAGGCGACUGUCGAGACUGCCACAUGAUUUUGGCACCAAAGAGCGAAGCCAUUGAGUGGCCUCGUAUCGCAUACAAUAUGGAAGAGCCGAAAUGGGUGUUUGAUGGGCGAGGAGUGUUGGACGCGGAGUUGGAGAAGUUUGGUCUGCGGUUUGAUGCGGUGGGGAGGGCGGGACAACAGUAG